AUGCAUUUGCAGUCCUUGACGGAUGCCGGCGUCAUUGGAGGUCCGUCAGUUGUCAGUCGGUGCCAGGACGUUGCGGCGAGCGGUCGUUAUGAUGUACUUAAUAAACGCGUACACAGUGAAAGUUCGCUAGAGAAAUGCGUGACAUGUGCGGGGGCGCAGGGCUACGACUACGCGUCCUCAUGCACGAGGCCUCACCGAACGAGGAGGGCGAGGCUGCCGGAGGUGCCUUGUGACCUGACGCAGCAGAGUUACUGCACCACGCCCGGCAGUAACUACCCCUGGCACGCUAUACGACGGUUCAUUAGAGAGAAUCAGGGACUGAUGAGACGUAUGUACGGCGAGGAGCGUCACAUAGCGGUUCUUAAAGCGGAGCUGGAGAACUUCAUUGAUGAUGAAGAUGACAACAACAACCCUGACUUCACAGAGGAUCUCGAACAGGCCAAGAACAAAUAUACCAAGAAAAAUCCACGUGCCAUGAAAGACAAACCACAUUUUAGGCCAAUACAGUCGAACAGUGAGAAACAGAAGAAAGUUGACAGUGGCUUAGGAGUGAGACCUUUAGAGAGUUAUAACAGUUCGAGUUCCAGUACAGACAGAAACACUACGACCGAGAUGAGCAACGAUACAUUGGAAGAAGACGCGGGGGUCUCAUACAAGACGAAGCUGGAAAGCAUCGCGAACAUCGAAAUAAACAAUCUGGACCCUGACGUCAUCACACUAGAAGCAGUCAUCAAACAGAGCAUCGAAACUAACAGCAUCUACCCGAAGUUCUCAGCAGCUUCGAAGACAGAGGCUCAGGAUGAUAAGAAUAAUACUAAAGGAAACUCCACGUUCAACGAGAGUAUGAGUACAACAGAAAUAAACGACGAACCCUACGACGACGGAACCACGGAGAAAGAUGCGUGGAAUGGCACGGACGGGUCCACACUACCUCCUACACUACUGUUCUCAGAACACGAGAAGGUUAAAGAAACAGAUAACAGAGACGGAGACAAGGAGAGCCAGGACGCGAACACUAAACCUACACAUCAGGAAACGAUGAGGCCCGCGGUCAUUAAGCUGAGAGGAGCUAAUGCUUGCGAGACCAAAGAGGAGAUGGCGGCUCCGUUCUGGGCUAACAGCACCCGCGGCGAGAUGCUGGCGCUCCUCAACAUGUACCCCUUCGAGCAGUACAUACACCUGGAGACCUGCGUCCACAAACACAAGCAGAUGUACUGCAGGGAGGGCUGCAGAUGUGAGCAACAGUUCCGUCUCCACCGCCUGCUCGCGUACGACCCUCGUAACGAGUGUCGCGGCAUCUUCGCGGACUGGUUCAAGUUCCCCGCCUGCUGCGUGUGUCGCUGUUACGACGUGCCGCUGGAGUUCCGCGCUCGCUCGCCUCGCAUCCUGCCGCCGCAGUAUGACGACCACGUCAAGAGACUCAUCUAUGAAGACGUGGCCCGCGACUGGUACACCACACCCUUGGACGACGACCUCUACUGA